CAUUGUGCCAACAAUCACUCCCACAAUACUGUUGUAAUAUGGACAUCUGAUUAUCUUCAUAUUGCCUGGUCCUACAUGUCAUAAAGACCAGCACUGAAUUGAUACAGCUACAUUUCUGAAAACUUAAGUGAUGAUUUUACAAAACACAUUUUUUAAAUAGUUGUUACGUGGGACAAAUGUAUAUAAAACACAUCAUCAAGCAGCAUUUCUCCACAUAUACCCGACUGUCAGGUUACAUGUCAGUUACUUAACCUCACAGACGCUGUUCAUACAGCUGUAGGUCGACACAAAUCAUUCGAAAACUUUCUCAAUUUUACUCCAAAUGUCAGAGAGUGUGGAUGAUCCUGUGUCACAUAAUCUGGUUUCUUUUCUAUAUUUACUCAACCUUUAAAAUCUCACUGAACACAAAGGAAUUUCUAAUCAUGUUCACACACUGUUUAACAGAGAACAGAGGAAUUUGUGUAUGAGGUGACAACCCCAUGUCAAUAUCUGCACUAAUCCCGUGCUAAUCCCAUAGUAAACCUAUCCUUAUAUCGAAACCAGUGUUCACCCUCUAAUACUACAGAUUAAGAGUGUCACACUGUGUUAGAGCCCGGUCAAGAGCAGGUGAGCAAUUCACUGAUUUGAAAUGAAUACCGGACGGGCAAAGAUGAAUUCAACAGUCACAACACACAGGAAACAGCCAAUUAUGAGCACUGACAUGACUUUAUCUUAUAUUAUAGCUAUUGUUUUAUUGCCAAGAUCCAUUUUCCAGGGAGUUACAAAUGACUUACACUAAAUUUGAAGACCAAAUCUUUUUUCUAUGAGUCCAGUCCUCUCAAAACAGUCACAUUUGUCAUGUGUAGAUAAGUGCAGCAGAUCAUUGAUCAGCUAGACUUAAAUAAAUACAGAUAACAGCACUCAGCGAUGCAGAUUUCUCUUUUUAGCUGUCUGGGAGGAAGGGAUAACUGUCCUUAGCAUGGUACUCUGAAAGUCCAAGCUCCUUCUAAGAAUUAAUUUCACAGGCUUAACCCUUGGACUGCUUCCUAUUAGUGCACCAGUAUGUAUGGCUUGCAGAGCGAGCCCUGAAAAUAAUUAACUACAAUCUUGCAGUUGCUUGAUGUUGUCUAAACAUGCAGGCAUGCUGUGCAUUAAGGCCAGGAUACAGCUCUGAUGCCAGAAUAAGAGAAAAACACAACGUGGGAGUGAAAUGUUUCAGGUGUGUGUCUGAUUUGUACGCUACCGGCGAUGGGCAGAUGCUGCAAAUGCUGCAAAUGCAACGGGAGACUUCUGUGCAUGUGCCUGCUGCCUUGCAUGAUGACCGGCCACCUUCUGAUCUACAUCAUGGUGUCCAUAUUCGUCACCAUCUCCUACAGCCCUCCGAAAAUAACCAUCCACUAUAUCGCCACUGGGAUUUCUGCUAACUCCUCCGCAAUGGCCUCUCACCCACUUGGCCCCUUCUGGAACCUCCGUCUGGAGGACAGUGCACUGUGGAACCGGCUGCAGCACACGUGGGACCGUCAGCACAACCCGAUACUGCGAGGAAACACGACUGGGAUCCCAAGGAAGCCAAAAGCGAAGGUUUUAACAGAAAUGGAAGAUGAGUGCCUCUCUGACUGCGUGUCACACAAGUGUUCAGUCCCUCGUGUGCAGGAUUUAAACAGCUUCCCAGAACAAAUGAGGGCGUUUAUAUUGUCGAUGCACUGCAGGGAGUAUCCUCUGCUUAUCAACCAACCUGGUAUGUGUAGGAGGAAUAACAGCAGCAUGGUCCUGGAUUCUCCCAUGCUCCUCAUGGCCGUCAAAUCUCAAGUGGGGAACUUUGAAAACAGGCAGGCCAUCCGUGAAACAUGGGGACGCAGUGGUCUGGUGAGGGGGGAGUCAAAUAAGAAAGGCCGAUUAGUACGCACUGUGUUUCUGCUUGGAAGGCAGGACUCAAGCACCGGUCCUCACCCAGACCUCAAAAACCUCCUGGAGCUCGAGAACCAGAAGUACGGGGAUAUCUUACAGUGGGAUUUCAGAGACUCUUUUUUUAACUUGACCCUAAAGGACCUUUUGUUCUGGCACUGGCUCCAGCAGUACUGCCCCACCGCCAUCUUCGUCUUCAAAGGGGACGAUGAUGUCUUUGUCCGAACAGGUGCCCUUCUGGAUUACCUGCACAAGCAAUGGGAUGAGCACAUGCUGUGGAAAGCCUAUGCCAAUGAAACCGACAUGGAUUUGUUCGUUGGGGAUGUAAUCAAUAACGCAAUGCCAAACCGGGAGCCAUCCACUAAAUACUACAUACCAGAACGUUUCUACAAAGGUGUGUACCCACCGUAUGCUGGUGGAGGUGGGGUGGUGUAUUCUGGCUCACUUGCAUUACGACUGAAAGAGGUGUCCAAGAGGGUGCGCCUCUUCCCAAUAGACGAUGUGUACCUGGGCAUGUGCAUGCACAGACUCGGGCUCUCUCCACGCCAUCACCCGGGUUUUUUAACGUUCGAUCUCCCGGAGACAGACAGGGGCAAUCCCUGCGCUUACAGAUCCGUCCUGCUUGUUCACAGGCGGAGUCCCAAGGAGAUGCUGACACUAUGGAAGCAGCUCCAGAAUCUGCCAGGUCAAUGCUGAGGCUCAUUUGCCUGCCAAAUGGGAUUCAUUAAGUGCUGGAUGAAUGCUGCCACCACACUCAUUUGGAAAACCUACACACUGUGACUGCAAGUAGACAUUACCCUACAAAAGUCACAUGCAAUGUACCUUUCCCCCAAAGAGUUACGUAACACUGAGGAGGAGACUGAUCUACCUCAAAGGGUGCUUUUAUUUAAGUGACGUGACACAGUAAGGGUCCCUACAUGCUACUUGUUACAGUCAAUACAGACAUGUAUUUACCCUUAAAAGUUAUAUUUUACUACCUAAUAAAGAACAUUUAGCACCUUACAUAUUGUUUCAUAAUGCUUGAUGAUUAUAUUUUGGAUAGACACUCAUCAGCCACUUUAUUAGGUACACCUGUUCAAAUGUUUGUUAACACAAAUACCUAGUCAGCCAAUCAUG